AUGGUUUGGUCACGGCUGGAGCAUGGCGGUACAUUGCCACGAAUCACCUAUACCACCAUUGGAAUCCUUUUGCUUGUCGGCUGGGUCGGUGUCAUGUAUCCUGGGCACUUGUCCAUCAUCGACGAUACAUGGAAAUGGAAUCUUUACCGUGAUGUCAAAGCCAUUCCGGAAGACCGUCAGGCUAACGCGACCCUUCUCCAACCGUACAACCUCACCCAACAGGAUCUGGAGGCCUACAUCUAUCGGAUAGAUAAUAUCACACAGCCGCCCAUCGUCGCACUAGGGAUGCAUCCGUUCGACAGCGUAGACACCAACAUCGAUUUCACUCAGGCAAAAGAAGAGGAUGCCUACGCUCAACCCCUCUUUGGAUAUCCAUUCGAUGGCAAGGAUCCAUCACUUCUCAGAGUCCUCAAUUUGACAAAUACUGGUGUCCUAUCUCUCCACGGAGCUUUGUUGGGUGACAGCACACUUAACUGGUGUAUCCGGGCGAGUGCAAACAACACCUGCCUGGUCGAGGAUAUUAACGCUGGAUGUGAGCUCCAUCUCGACUUUACAGGCCGUCGCCCGUCACUCGUCAAGUUUGCCGCCUUGCUGGCUUCGGUUGUCAUGCGCCGCAUGCACAUCCUUACCGAAGCGGAUAUCCUGGGUGUCUGCGUCGCUGCCCUCUUCGCGUUGCCGAGUGUCAGGGCUAUACUGCUUGAGGACCCAGAUUUUGCUUCUCCUAGACGACCUGAUUGGUAUUAUUCCAAACAUUAUCAUUAUCUCCCUGUGCGCGACGGCUUUAGCAAUCUCAAAAAUAACCACGCGGAAACCAAAGAGCGACUAGGUGCAAGCGAGUGA